UCUUUUUUUUCCUUCAACAACACUUUAAUUCUUUUCUCCAAGACAACUACAAUGACAUCACCAACAAGCAACGAAGACAACACAUCAGAAACAGUAGUCCAUGACAGCGGUAGCCAUAAUGAAGAUAAAGAACAAAAGAAACGAGGUUGGAUCAAGUAUCUGAUUGGUGAUCCGUAUGCAUCCGAUGAUCCACAACAACUUUCUAUGCGACAUAAGCAGAUCAUCAUUUUCAUCGUCGCAUUAAGCGGUAUAAGCGGACCUCUUGCCAGUAUGAUAUAUAUGCCAGGUUUAUUAAGUGUUGCCCGCGAUCUCGAUACGAGCAUGGAGGCUGUCAAUGGCACAGUGAGUGCCUACGUUGUCUUUAUGGGAAUCGCUCCAUUGUUCUGGGCAGUUUUGUCUGAUUACUACGGAAGAAAACGCAUGUAUUUGCUGAGCAUCAUCAUAGGUAUUAUCGCAUCCAUUAUCUGUGCAGUAUCAACCAACGUCGCCAUGUUGAUUGUGUUUCGAGCUAUUCAAGCGGGUGGAUCAUGUGCGAGCCAAACAUUGGGCGCAGGUGUCAUUGCCGAUACCAUCCCUGUUGCUCAACGAGGAAGAGCAUAUGGCUUCUUUUAUAUAGGACCAUUGGUAGGUCCUGUAAUAGGGCCGACGGUCGGAGGUGUUUUGUGUCAGUACCUUGGAUGGCAAUCGACAUUCUACUUCACUGCAAUUCUCGGUGGUGUCUUACUUGUGCUUGUAGCCGUUUUUUUACCGGAAACAUUACGAAAGAAACAUCCAAAGGGAAACAGUAAUCCUACGCAUAGCGCAGUCAAAGAAAUGCUGACUGUGUUUGGUCCAAUGUUCUCCAUGCUUCGUGACCCAAGCGUGCUUCUCAUCACCAUCUAUAGCACCGUGAUUUUUGCCUGUCUUUAUUUCCUGAACCCUACAAUUACCGAUACAUUUCAAUCCUUAUAUGGUUACAACGAAUGGCAAGUCGGUCUAUGCUAUCUUGCGUUUGGUGUAGGCUUGAUGAUGGGAUCCGUGAUCGCCGGACAGGUCUCCGACUUUGUGCUUCAGUACCUGCGCAAACAAACAGGCGGCAAAGUCAUUCCGGAGAUGCGACUUCGCGCAGCAAUUCCUUCAUUCAUCCUUAUUCCGGCCGGUUACUUUAUCUACGGUUGGACUACAGAGUAUGGGAUUGGCGUCUAUGCACCCAUCCUUGGUCUAUUUAUUUAUGCGUUUGGUCAAAUGUCAGCUUUCACACCGGCCACGGUAUACCUCGUCGACUCACAGCCAGGUAGAUCUGCAACUGCUGUUGGGGUAAAUAAUUGUUCGCGUUCAGUAGUGGCUGCUAUUAUGGCCAUUUUCUCAACAGAAGCGCUACAUACACUCGGAACUGGAAUUCUGUUUAGUAUUUUGGCAGCUCUGAACAUUGUCAAUAUCGUUUUCGUUGUCAUGUGCAUGAUAUCUGGUCAACGUUGGAGAGAGGCACAUGCUGAGAAGGUCAAGGCCCGUCAGGGCAUUGAUGGAGAAGACGAUAACGACAACGAUGCCUUUCAAGACAAGAAGCAGCACGAGUCAUUGCAGCAUCAAGAUGAAGAACAAAGAGAAGGCGAGAUUCAGCAUGCCUUGGCAAGAACUGCUUCCCGACAUAGCGCUAUCUAGCAAAAAAUUGGGUCGGUGAUAAUGACCAGAACACAACGAUGGCGAUUGAUGAAGGCCAAGUGAAAAAAAAAAACCAGCCAUCUUUAGAAAUUGCUGCAGCAGAUACAUCUGAAGAUAUUGUAGAGAUACCUUACCACCUUUCUAAUUGAUCAUCUCUCUUUUUUUUUACACCACGUCGAUAACUCUCCAUUAAUUCUUUGUUUGCCAUACGUCAUCCGUUACCAUAUUUCCAUGUACUUAUCUACCUUCAUCUUUAUCCUUACUACUGUAUCCCGUCAUUAGAGUGUGUUUUGCUGUUUUAAUUUCUAUUGUACUUGACCCUUCCGUUUUUGAAAACUUGAAUAGAGGUCAAAACUGAAGACGUUAUUCAGAGAGUUUGUACAUGUUGUACCU